AUGAUUCUGUUCCCUAUUGCAAGUGGCCAGGGGUUAUAUGUGGCGGUCACGGGCAUCCAAACAGGGUCAUCGCCUUUACCAUCCAAUGGGUUGGUGGGGUCUGUGGCUCCAGAAAUAGGAAACCUUAGUUUCCUUCGAGAGAUUUCGCUCCAAAACAACAGCUUCCAUGGUGAAAUCCCUCGUGAAGUAAGUUUUCUGUUCAGGCUUCAAUAUUUAUAUCUACUCAAUAAUUCAUUUGAAGGGGAAAUACCACACAACAUAUCACGUUGCUCCAACCUUAUUGAACUUAGUUUGGGUUCCAACCAUAUUGUGGGGAAAAUUCUAGUAGAACUUGGCACCUUGUUGAAGCUUCAUUUCCUUUCAAUCAAUGACAACAGAUUGACAGGACAGAUCCCACCUUCCAUUAAGAAUCUUUCAUACCUUGAAUACAUUGUCAUAACUUCCAAUUAUAUAAGUGGAAGUAUUCCAAAUGCCCUUGGCCAAAUGAAGAGAUUACAAUUUCUUGCACUUGCUGAUAAUAUGUUGUCAGGUACUAUCCCUCCCACUAUAUAUAAUCUUUCCUCACUUGCUGUUUUCGAGGUCGGAUUUAAUCAACUUUAUGGGAGUCUUCCACCAUUUUUAGGCUUCACCCUUCCUAAUCUAUGGUGGUUUUCAGUUGCAAACAACCAGUUUCAUGGAUCAAUUCCAAUUUCUGUGUCCAAUUUGUCCAAACUUGAAGUAUUUCUUACUGCCUUAAACAGUUUUACUGGGAAAGUGGCUAUUGAUUUUGGAGGCCUAUCAAGACUCAACAUGUUUUCAUUGGCCGUGAAUCAGUUGGGAAGUGGAGAGGCAGACGACCUAAAUUUUGUCAACACUUUGACAAACUGUAGUAGUUUAUCAAUUUUGGAACUUCAAGAAAAUCAGUUUGGUGGCAUGCUUCCAGAAUCCAUAGCAAACUUAUCGACACAACUAACAAAGCUCCGUCUGUCAAAAAAUCAAAUAUAUGGAAAAAUCCCAGUGGGGAUUGGGAAUCUUGUAAACUUACAAGUCUUGGGCCUAACUGAAAACAUACUAGAAGGAAGUAUUCCAAGUUCAAUUGGGAAACUUCAGAUGCUUCAUACACUCUUUUUAUAUAGCAACCGAUUCACAGGUCCGAUCCCUUUUUCUCUUGGAAACUUGACACUCUUGAUUAGGCUCUAUUUAAAUGAUAAUCACUUGCAAAAAAUACCUUCAAGUCUUGGAAAGUGCAAAUAUUUGUUACACUUGGACCUUUCUGGUAAUAGUUUUAGUGGUAUCAUCCCUAGAGUGAUAUUUGAUCUUUCCUCCUUAAUAGAGCUAUACUUGAGUAGAAAUUCUUUCUUUGAUUCUCUACCUUUGGAAGUGGGUCGGUUGACAAAUCUUGGAAUCCUAGCUGCUUCUAAGAACAUGUUGUAUGGGCAAAUCCCUUUCACCCUUGGUUCUUGUACAAGCUUAGAGCACCUUUUUAUGGAGGGUAACUUACUUCAAGGAUCUAUACCACCGUCACUGAGUUCUCUGAGAGGUCUUCAAGAUUUAGAUCUUUCACACAAUAACUUAUCUGGUUCUAUCCCAAAAUAUUUGGGUGCAUUUAAGUUUUUGCGAAAGCUAAAUUUAUCAUUUAAUCAUUUGGAGGGUGAGGUAUCAGUAGAUGGAGCCUUUGGAAACUUGAGUGUAGUUUCUGUCAUUGGAAACGAUAAGCUUUGUGGAGGCAUACCAGAACUUCAUUUGCUAGCAUGCCAAACUCAAAAAUUGAAAGAAGAUGGCAAGCCUCAUGUUUUCAAGCUGAUAGUCAUCCUAUGUGGUUGUGGGGGCUUUCUGUGUUUGAUUUUUGGGGCAUUUUUUUUCAUUUUCUACCGGAGAAGAAAAGAAAAGAAAGAAUCCACUUUACUUAUGAUUGAGAGUCUCCAUUUUAAGAUCUCUUAUGCCCAACUCCUUAAAGCUACCGAUGGAUUUUCUUCUGCAAAUUUGAUUGGAGUAGGAGGUUUCGGUUCGGUGUAUAAAGGAGUUCUCAAUAAUGGGAAAACUAUUGUUGCAGUAAAGGUCCUCAACAUUAGACAAAGAGGUGCUUCCAAGAGUUUCAAGGUUGAAUGUGAAUCCCUUAGAAAUAUCCGGCAUCGUAAUCUUGUAAAAAUCUUAACAUCUUGCUCAAGUAUAGAUUUUGAAGGCAAUGAUUUCAAGGCUUUAGUAUAUGAGUUCAUGCCCGGUGGGAAUCUGGAGAGUUGGUUACAUCCACAUGCAAAUGGCAUACAAGAUGAGCAAAAGCAUUUAAACCUUGUUCAAAGAUUGAAUAUUGCCAUUGAUAUGGCAACAGCAUUGGAUUAUCUUCACCACCAUUGUCAUACGCAAAUUAUUCAUUGUGAUCUAAAGCCAAGUAAUAUUCUUCUAGAUGCUGACUUGACUGCACAUUUGGGUGAUUUCGGGAUAUCAAGAAUUCUUUCAAAAGUCACAAGUAGAUCUCAAAAUCACACGAGCUCAAUCGGAAUAAAGGGAUCUAUUGGAUAUAUUGCACCAGAGUAUGGUGCAGGUGUUGAUAUUUCAACGAUUGGUGAUGUCUACAGUUAUGGGAUUCUCUUGUUAGAGAUGUUCACAGGGAAAAGGCGCAUGAAAUAUUCAAAGAUAACUUUAAUCUUCACUGCUGGGCUGAGAUGGCUUUGAAUGAUGGAGUGAUGGCUGUCGUUGACCCAUCACUUCUCUCCAUGGAAGAAGAUGAAGAAGAGGAAGCAACAACUAUAACCAACAUCAAUAGAAGUCGAAGAUGCAUUAAAGAGAGAGUGCAAGAAUGCCUUGUGUUAGUUAUUAGGAUUGGAGUUGUCUGCUCAGUUGAAUCACCAUUGGAUCGAAUGGACAUAAAUGAUGUGAUCAAGGAGCUACAUCUGAUCAAGAACAUUUAUCUGGGAGUUGGCACUAAUCGAGGAAGAUGAACCAUAAUAAGGGCUAUGAAAAGUGUAAGUCAUCAUUUCCUUUGAAAAUUGAGUUUUCUAUACUUAUCUGUGAAAUUGAAACUUUUUUCUUUUGUUUGAGUUAAUUAUGUUUUUAAUCUAAGUAAUUUGAACAUGCAUUCUUGAUGAUCCAAGCUGCUAAAUACAACAUCAAACCUGAACCUGAAACCUUUGGACCUAUUAUUUUUUUUGGAGGAAAACAAAACCUUAAAACCUGAAAACUAUUAACCCAACUAUGAGUGUUUGCUGGAGAUGAAUCGCUCUGGGAACUGGGUCACCGGAGAGUAUAGAGAGAUCACUGGCAAUAUCCCAAGCGAGAGAAAUAUCACUGGAGUACUGUGGAAAAGAGAGAACCAAUGGUGAGUUGAAAACAGAGGGGGUGUGCUGAAAAACAGGGAGGAAGAGAUGGCCGAAAAGAUGGAGUUGCGGAAAAAGGUCACAACAGAUUUGAGAGACCAACAUUUCUCCCUGAAGUGGACAGAGAUAUCACCUUAUUAGGAAACUAUAUAAUAGAUUGGACAAUGUUGGGUUUUUUUUUUUUUUUUGGUGAAUAAAAAAUAUAUUAAAAAAAAAGAGGAAAAAUUACAAGGCAAGAUACCAUCAGGAGGCACCUCAUAAACAAAGAGAGCUAAAAAGGAUCAAAACAUGAAACUAGAGAAUGAUAGCUAGCUCAACUCAAAAGGAGCAACAACAAGCUCAUACUAUGUUCGUCAGAUUUUCCAAUCGGAUGAGCAAAGAAAGCAAGGGGAAAAUCUAAUACGAUGACUCUUUUCCUUACGUAAAGCAAAGAUUCGCGCGCCUUCCCAAUUAAAAAAAUAUGUAAUAGAUUAUCUAAGAACAUGCCCUUUCUACCGUGUAAUAAUCAAACCAUUAAAGGGAGGGGACCAAACUCCAUAUAAAGAGAUAUUGCAUGAGCUGUGCAAUUGGAGUUCAAAUUCUUUGCAGUGAGUGGUGAGGUGCAAUGAGCAUCCAAUGAUUGGGAGGGCCCGGCCAUGCACCCUAGUAGUUGAAUCCUCACUGCACCUCGCAGAAAACAAUUUUGACACGUGCAACUUCAUGCUGAUAAUAACAGAUGAGAAACCAAUCACAAACAAGCUGAAUCCAUUAAACUCUUACAAGUAUACGACUCCCUGCUAAUCUCCCCUUCUCCCAAAAAAAAAAAGAAAAUAC